GGCUGACCAGCUGCUGGCACAGCAGCUGAACACAUUUCAGCGUGUCGCUGAGUUGUGCAACACGGUCAUGGACCGCAUCGGCACUCGGGCCGGCGAACCACAGCUCCUACCUCUGGCCACGCUACCCACGUACACGGGUUACGACGACCCGAAAUCGGUGGCUGACUUCCUAGAGGAAAUGGACAGGUAUGUCAGAGCGACCGGUGCCUCGGAAGCGCACGUGAUGGCUAGAAUCCUGCCGUUGGCUUUACGGGAUGCCGCAGGACGGUGGUGGAGGCUACAAACGCCUUUCACCACUUGGGCAGAAUUUGAACAGCGCUUCCGAGAGGAAUUUCUGCCCCCUGGGUACGAGCUGCGAGUCCAGCGUGAGCUCGAACUAAGAACCCAGCAUCCGGACGAAAGUUUGCUCGAGUACGUCCGGACGAUGCAGGAACUGCAUCGCCGAGCAGCACCGACUGCCUCGAAAAGGGACCAAGUAGCUCGGGUCAUUCGACAGAGUCAUCCCAGAUUCAGGCCAUUUCUUUAUGGGCGCACAUUCGAAACCCUUGAGCACCUCGCACGGGAGGCCCGCGGUGUACAAGACGCCCUGUUAGCUGAGAGCACUUACGUGCCACCGCCAGCGCCGCAAUCUGCUCUUGAGCCGUCACUGGCUUGGCGCGCCCCCGUAGCCAGUCCCUCAUGCGACCUGACGAGCCCAGGCGCAUUCACGGCUAUCUCCUCCCACGCCCUGGACCCCUUCGCACAUGAGCAAGGGCGGCGAGGGGCCCCUUUGAAUACCGUAUCAGGGGUAAGCUGUCCCUGGGAGGAAGUGUCCGCGGAGCAGCGUCAUAGUGCAGAGCGCUCGCUCCUUACUCGAGCCAUACAAGAGCAUAGUCGGUCGGACCCCCAGUCCCGAUACGCCGGGUUCACAAGUCCUGCGCAAGCCGACUGCGACAGGCGCUCCUGUUAUGGGUACUCCGGGAGCCACUCCGCCGAAAGGCGUCGAACCGGAAACAGUAUGUGCGGUUACGACACCAGCUGUGACAAUGCAGUCACGUUGGGGUACUUUGAUCUGAAACAACCAUUUUAUGCACGGCAAGACUCAGCAGCUGAUGAUUCAGAUAGGCCUCACCAGGGCUUGGCCACCCAGUCACCCACACCACGAAGCAAGUGGUACAACCUGCGUCCCCGGUGA